AGCAGUUACCAUAGAUAAUAGAGUAAAUGAAAGUAAAUGUACUCUAAUAUCUAUGCAGUUACAAAUUUAUCAACUUGGAUAAGAUACAUUUUGGUAGCAGUUGGAGUUGCUGAAGGAACAUGUACUAGAGGAGCCAUCAGAUAUGAUCCAGCACACAACAAUACAGUUGUACAGAUUUGUAUUGCUAAUAGAUGGGGAUAUAUCUGUGCAGCUUAUAGUGAUGCUCAAGAAAGAGUUGCUGACGUUGCUUGUCAACAAAUGGGAUAUUCCAAAUACUCUAACAAUGGGAUCACUGCGAAAACCAUAACUUCUGCUCAUCAUACACCUCAUUUUAUACAAUGGCUUGAUUGCUCUGAUAAACCAAUAAUACAACAGAACAUUUUAGACUGUUCACAUCAAUUGUAUGAGCCAAAUUAUCAUUCAAAUCACCAAUGUGGCAGUUAUGCUGCUGCUAGUAAUUGUACCAAUACCUCAGUCUGUCAAAAUGGACAGAUACAAUUACUUGAUACUAAUGCUGUAUUGCUGUGUGUAAAUGGAGAGUGGCAUGCAUUAUGUAGCACAACAUGGUCCUCUACUCAGGCACAAGUUGUAUGUAGACAAUUAGGAAAGAAUACAAUAGGAGCUAUGCCAGUUAGUGUUUCAGUACCUGCCAAUAUUUCAGUAUUACAAGCUAAUUUUGAAUGUCAUGGGAAUGAAAAGUUUCUUUUUAAUUGUUCAGAUUCAGACAACCAGUACAUCUGUAGUACAUUUACUGAAGCUUUUUUUGGUGUUAUGUGUGAAGAUUUUCCUGGCCCUCCUUCAAAUCUUACUGUCAAUAGCCAACAGUCAGAUAUUAUAUUACAUUGGGAAUACACUGAUGAUGCUAAUAAUGUGUCCAAUUUCAGAGUUUACUGUAAACAUAAUGUGACUGUUGAUCCUCAGCUGCACUUGAAUAUUAAAACUGAGCUAAGCUUGCUGACAAAGAACAACAAUGCAACACUGAUUGGUUUAUUAGCCAAUACUGUGUACACAUGUUGUGUGUCUGCUGUGUUCCCUUAUAUGGAGACUGAAUCAACAUGCAUUAAUGUAACAAAAGCUACUGCUACUGUAGCAUCAUCAUCAUCAAAUGGAGCUAUCUCAUGGAUUGGUGGAAUAUUUAUUGAAGAAGUAAAGACAAACAAUUUGAGCCCAACAAAAGGUCAUCACUACAAAGUGAUAAUGUAAAUGUCACAUCCACUGUUUACCAUCAGUCAAGAGGUCACACUGCAAAAACGAUGGUGGGUUAUACC